GUACACUAAAUUCAUAUCACUGUCAAACUUCAUUGCAACAAACAUUGCUUUAACACCUAUCUGUAAAGUCGUGUUAUAAAGAUGAAAUUCGGCAUUACCCGUUUGAUAGGCUCAGUCUUUUGGACUUUUUUUCUUAUAAUUGUACCGGAUAUAGUAACACAAGCAGCAGAUUCUGAGGUUUAUCCUACUGGAGACCCAAGAAGAUGUGCAGGUAUCAAAGGCAAUAGAACUGGAAGAUUUGAAGUAAUUCCUGGCAGUGGAUGGGACAACCUGAGGAAUAAGGAAAUGGGUAUGGUCAUUGGGCUGAGUUACAUGGAAUGCAAGACAACAGAAGACGGCAUGUUUCUCAUCCCUGAUGGUGUUAGAGCAAUUCCAGUAAAAAAUAGCAAAGUCGAUUCAUAUGCGGAAUUGAUAGAGCAUUGGGACGACUAUUCUAGUAUAUUAUCGAGAUCAAUUAAUGCUGAAGCUGGUCUACAUACUGACAAUAUAGGAAUUAGUGGGAAGUUUUCGGACGAGUACGAAGAUGUGAAAAGCAAACAACACAAUGACAAGACCGUUACAACUCGUGUCCAGGCUCGCUAUAUUCAGUAUAAUGCAAAGAUGGAACCGGAUACAGCAGUAAAUAAAGUUUUUCAAAGCCGUCUCCGAAAGAUAGCAGCUCAUCUGACACUGAACCGUACAGAUCUUGCACGCUACGAAAGUCAGCUUCUUGUACGAGACUUUGGAACACACGUAAUUAACAGCAUCGAUGCUGGAGCUGCCCUUGUUCAGGUGGAUGAGCUAUCCGCGCAGUAUAUGGAAAGCAAAGAAACACAAAAACAAGACGUUCUUGCCUCUGCAACUGCUAGUUUCUUUGGAAUACUAAACUUUGAUGCUGGAUACUCCAAGUCGUCACAGCAAACUGAUGUGGAUGGGUACAGACAAAAAAGAACGAGUUCGAAAAUAAUGACAUUUGGUGGUCCUUUGUUUAGGCCUAUGAAUUUUACAGCUGACAACUGGACCGAGUCAAUUCAGACAGAUUUAGUCGCGCUAGACAGAUCAGGAGAGCCUAUCUAUAAUUUCAUAAACGAUGUUACUCUUCCCAGUGUACACCGUUCUAUAAUAUAUGAUGUUUAUGAAAAGGUAAAGGAUGCAGUUCAUUUGUAUUAUGAGCAUAACACGCGCCGUGGAUGCACGAAUGCAAAUUCGACAAAUUUCAAUUUUCAAGCCAACUUAGACGACGGCACUUGCAACAAAACAACGGAAAGCUUUACUUUUGGUGGUGUUUAUCAGAUUUGUAAAGCAACAGGUUAUGCGGAUCUCUGUGAAGGUAGGAACCAGACCAAUGUGUUUACAAAUGCCUACACCUGUCCACAAAACUACGAAGCUGUCCUGUUGCAAAAAAAUACGCAACUGGUAUCAAGGUCACGUCAAAAAUGUAACAGAUGCUGGAAAUACUUUCACUGCUGUCACUGGACUACUGAAGAAGCACGAGCAGAUUAUGCAGCGUAUUGGUGUGCUGGAAUUGGUUUAAAAGACGCUUUCAAAGGUUUUCUUUUCGGUGGACUUUAUACGACUAGCUCCGUCAAUAGCUUCACUCAAGCUAAAACGUGCCCACUUUAUUACUACUCCAUUAAACUUUUUACCGAUCUCACAGUCUGUAUAACCGACAAUUACGAAUUGGGUACGCAGCAUGCAUUACCAUUUGGGGGCUUCUUUAGCUGUAUUACAGGAAAUCCUUUUACCGACGUUAAGAGGGCUAGGUUUGGACUUCAAAACAGCAACAAAACUGACCUGGAGUCCUAUAUGCUUGACCAAGGAGUUCAAGAAUACAUGCAUUUUUGUCCGGAAGGCUACAGUCAACACCUAGCAACAGUGGAUGUCGAGUGUAAGAUCUAUUAUUGCGUUAAAAGUGGUGCUAUGGCAGGAAAAGGUCUUCCGAAAAUACAAAGGCCGCCUUUUAUGAACGCACCUAAAGAUGGCUACUCUGAUAUACUAGACACAGAUUUUGUAGUAAACAGUAACGGCGAGCUCUGGACUAUCAAGCAGAGAGCAAACAAAGAAGUGCCAACAUUCUUGGCUCAGCAAGGAUUAGAUUACCAGCCCGUAACAAACAGUCCAACAUUAAAGCGUAAUGUUAACCAACCGAAUCAAAGGCCGAAUACUUUAUCUGAUGCAGGAAUUGCCGCGAUAUCGGCCUUGGCAACGAUCAUAAGUGUUUUGGUUGGAUCAGGAAUUGUUGUUAGCAUAAGACGCAGUUUGAACAGACGAUACUGACCUGACCACACCGAGACAUUGAUUCUAUGUUUACUGGUCACAUGAAUGAAAGUGGCACCAAACGUGGUACAUGAACUAAACCCACUGAGAAAUUAUAUAUAUUAUUUUAUCAAACAUGAUAUAUAAUGAAACAAUUCUUGUAGCUAAAUGAACGCAAAAAAAUAUUUUUAUAGCAAUAAUACUAUAAUAGGAUUUGACCUUGAUUAAAAUGUACACACACUUUGUAAUCAUUUGCUUUCAUUUCUUCAUUCGAAAUUCAUACCAUUUAGGCAAUGUCCUGAUUUUACUUACUGUAAUAUUAGAUUAGUUUUAAUUUCUGUGCUGAUUUUAACCAGUUGCCUUGCUAUUUGUCUUACUGUGCUGAAUUUACCUUGAUAAGCUGAUUGUACGCCAGUUAUAUAAUGAUAUAGACAUUUGCCGCAAUGUAAUGAUUUUACCCGCAAUAAACAUAACGUAAUUUUGUACUUUACCUUUUCACAUUAUGUCUAACAUGUCAAUAGAACCAUGUGACGUUAAGAAUAACGGCACGAGUCAUGUUGUCUUGCGAAUGCAAUGUAAUUAAUUUAUCUGACAUUUAAGCUUAGUUUUGAUAAUCAUUACAUACAUACAUACAUAUAUACAUACAUACAUGCAAAUAUCAGUUAUCAUCAUAAACUGGCUUUUUGUGUUUAAAAUAGUAUGAAAUAUUCAGAAUACAUUAAGCUAUUAAU